ACUUAUAUAUUAUUUGUCGCACACAGCAGUCUGUAGUCGGCCAUUACUCGUCCCGAGCGAGAAGUCGAGAACGCGCGUUCGUCUCCCGCCAAAACAUUUGAAUUUCGUACUGUGCUGUCAGUGACGUUUUUUUUUUCAAUUAAACUCUGUUCACGGACUACUCUGCCAUGGAUUUACUGAGCAAGAUCCGCAGUCACCAGAGGACGCCCUCGGGCUCCCGGGACUUCAAGGAGGCCACGAAGCGCGAUGCCCUCGCGCGGCUGGAGGUGGAGCUCGACAGGCUAGUGGCCUCCGUCCACGAGACCAGGCGGCCGCUCGUCGAGAAGGAGUUCAAGGGCUUCAAGAAUCUAUUCGGCAGAUUCUUGGCUGAACAGGGUCCAUCGGUGACAUGGGAGAAGAUUCAGAAACUGCCGGAGGGCGCGGUCAUAGACUACACGUCCCUCACCACCCCCACCACAGACAACGUGCACCACAUGCUGGACAAGUUGGUGGUGGUCAAGCUGAACGGAGGUCUGGGCACAUCCAUGGGUUGUAAGGGUCCCAAGUCCGUCAUCCAAGUCAGGAACGAUCUCACGUUCUUGGAUCUUACUGUACAACAGAUUGAGCAUUUGAACAAAACCUACAAAUGCAACGUGCCACUGGUCCUGAUGAACUCGUUCAACACGGACGAUGACACCCAGAAGGUCAUCCGCAAGUACCAGGGCCUCAAGCUGGAGAUCCACACCUUCAACCAGUCCUGCCACCCCAGGAUCAACCGGGAGUCGCUGCUGCCAGUGCCCAGGCAUGGGGAUGUGCAGGCUGAUAUUGAAUCUUGGUACCCUCCCGGUCACGGUGACUUCUACGAAUCCUUCUACAACUCCGGCCUCCUCCAGAAGUUCAUCAAGGAAGGCAGGACGUACUGCUUCAUCAGCAACAUCGACAACCUCGGCGCCACCGUCGACCUCAACAUCCUGGACCUGCUCCUCAACCCAGACCCCUCCAAACCCAUCUCCGAGUUCGUCAUGGAGGUCACCGACAAGACCAGGGCUGACGUCAAGGGAGGAACCCUCAUCCAGUACGAGGACAAACUAAGACUGCUCGAAAUUGCUCAAGUGCCCAAAGAACAUGUUGAUGACUUCAAGUCAGUCAGUCAAUUCAAAUUCUUCAACACCAACAAUUUGUGGGCGAAACUGGACGCUAUCCAGAGGGUAGUCGAACAAGGGUCGCUUAACAUGGAGAUUAUUGUGAACAAUAAGCAUUUGGCUGACGGACUUAAUGUGAUUCAAUUAGAAACAGCUGUAGGUGCUGCUAUGAAGUGCUUCGAGGGUGGCAUUGGUGUUAACGUUCCUAGAUCCCGUUUCUUGCCCGUCAAGAAGACAUCAGACUUGUUACUAGUGAUGUCCAACUUGUACAGUCUAUCGCAUGGUUCGCUAGUGAUGUCCCCGCAGCGCAUGUUCCCGUCGACGCCGCUUGUGAAGUUGGGAGACAACCACUUCGCGAAGGUCAAGGAGUUCCUCAACAGGUUCGCGACAAUCCCGGACAUUAUUGAAUUGGAUCACCUCACUGUCUCCGGUGACGUCACGUUCGGAAGAGGAGUCUCUUUGAAGGGCACAGUAAUAAUAAUCGCGAACCACGGCGACCGUAUCGACAUCCCGUCGGGAGCGCUGCUGGAGAACAAGAUUGUGUCUGGUAACCUGCGUAUAUUGGACCACUAGGCAUAGACAAUACGGCUGAACUUUAGCACAUCGAAUAUGGCCCCAACAUGGUCUUCAGGCCAUAACUUAUACUUAUGAAAAGGUUCUUAAUUUAUUUGUUCUUUGUAUACGCUGUCCGAUUGCUGGGCAAAGGGACGGUGAAGGUAUGUUUGAAACAUACCGUUUAUUAUGGCACAUGAAUAAUGUUGUCUGUGGUGCAUUUUGUGUGCUGGCAACACCAUUCUUGUAAUAUUUAAUGUUUAUUUUUUGAGAACACGUUGUCUAUAAUAGAUAAAUAUUCUAGUUAGCACAAUUUUAUACUCGAUUGCAUUACUAAAGUGGUAAACACGUAUUUAUUUAAUGUUAUAUUUGCUUGAGUUCUCCUAAAUAUUGGUAAUAUGGAAGAGAGUAGAGGCCGGCAGCAAAGUGCAUUAAUUAUGAAAUCGAAAAAGUCAUCUUAGUUUUUUCAAAGGAUGUUCUUACAAAUCUUCUUAUCUAAAUUAUGAUUAAUGUACAAUGUAAACAUGAAAAUAAAGUGAGUAGUCUAUCAUGAGGCUAAUCGCCAGUCACAGCUGACAAGUGGUUAACAAUAUAUAGGCCAUUGAGAAACCGAGUUUUAUAUAAGUUUAUGUUUGUUAAAUAUUGAAUUGGUUGUGUAAUUGGGUGUACUCGUUUUGUAAUUUUAAAUAUUUAUAAAAAUGAAUAAAAAUGUCUCGUUUGACCUUUUUUUUCGAGAAAAACCAAAA